AUGUCGCUUUGCCAGAACAGACUUCAAGAGGAGCGCAAGCAGUGGCGCAAGGACCACCCCUUUGGUUUCUUCGCGAAGCCUCAGCGUAAUGCGGCGACUGGAACCCUCGACUUGAAAGUCUGGGAGUGCGGCAUUCCUGGCAAGGAGAAGACGAUUUGGGAGGGCGGCCUGUUCAAGUUGACAAUCACAUUCCCUGAAGGCAAAUUUGUCCCUCCGCUGUUCCACCCCAAUGUCUACCCCUCCGGCACUGUUUGCCUGUCGAUCCUGAACGAGGAGGAGGCGUGGAAGCCUGCCAUCACGGUGAAGCAGAUCCUGCUCGGCAUUCAGAACCUGCUCGAUGAUCCCAACCCCGAGUCGCCCGCUCAGGCUGAGGCCUACAGUCUCUUCAAGAAGGACAAGACGGAAUACGAGAAGCGCAUCAAGCGUGUUGUGAGAGAAAACCCGGCGCCUUAG